AUGUCAAAUAAUUCAUCAUCUACUUUAUCAUCAACUUCACCAGAAAGGUCGUCACCAGAAGAAAUACUAGAUAAACAUGACACGAUAGAAGACGAGAUCGAAGAACCAAGCCAGAAAUCAAAGAAAGAUGAGGUCUUCAUAGAGAGUAAUGCCGGGGACGGGACCAGAAGAGAAGAACAAUAUAUCAAAGGUUAUAAGCUUGUGCUAUGUAUAUUUUCAUUAUUAUUAACCAUGUUCUUAACAUCCAUCGAUCAAACUAUUGUCGUAACUAUCAUAUCUGAAAUUGGGAAUAAAUUCGAUGGAUUCGAUAAGAUCAAUUGGCUAAGCUCAGGUUUCUUAUUAGCUAUUUCAGUAUUCACCACUAUUUGGGGGAAAUUAUCUAUCAUUAUAGGAAGAAAAUCUGCCAUUAGUAUCGCUAUUAUACUUUUUGAAGCAGGUUCAUUAUUAUGUGCAUUAGCAACGAGUAUGAACAUGUUAAUUGGGGGUAGAGUGUUAGCCGGUAUUGGUGGAGGUGGUAUCCAAUCAUUAGUAUAUGUGGUGAUCACCGAAAUCAUUCCUAUCCAACAUAGAACACUUGGAAUGAUAUUAAUUUCAAUCACUUUCUCCACUGCAUCUGUCAUUGGUCCAUUAAUUGGAGGAGCUCUUUCGAAAAUAAGUUGGAGAUGGUGUUUUUAUAUCAAUUUACCAAUUGGAGGAGUUGCAUUUCUUUUCUUACAAUGGGCAUUCAAUCCUCCACGUCCAAAGGGGAAGAUCUUAUCUAAAUUCAAAACUAUUGAUUAUAUCGGUGCCGUAAUGUUAUCGAUUGGACUUGUGUUAUUCUUACUUGCGUUAAGUUUUGGAUCAUCAAGUCAAUUCUCAUGGAACUCAGCUGCUGUGAUAUGUUCUUUCGUAUUUGGUAUUUCAUUUUUAAUAAUAUUUUUGAUUUGGGAUCUUAAAUUUUCAAAAUAUCCUUUAUUAGCCCCUGAUAUCAUCACUAAUUUUUAUUGUAAUGUAUCGGUCUUAACCAUCUCAGCUACUUUCAGUUAUCUUAUCAUAUGUCAAUUAUACUUAUCAGUUUAUUUUCAAGUGAUUCAUGGAUUAGAUGGUUGGCAUUCAGGUUUACAUCUUUUACCAUUGAUCAUUUCAUCCGUUACAACCUCGAUAACAAGUGGAUUGGUAUUUAAGAAAAUCAGAACCGUUAAGCCAUUUUCAAUCUUUGCUGCUAUGUGUGGAUUAACAGGAAAUGCGAUAUUAAUGCUUUUAGAUGUUAAUUCAUCAUUAGGACAAAUCAUUGGUCUUUUGAUCUUACCGGGUAUUUCAACUGGUUUACAAAUGCAAUCAUGUGUAAUGUUAGCCACGAUGAGUUUACCCAAGACACCAGGAAGUACCAUUAUGGGUACGACUUAUUUUAAUUUCGGAAGAUCUAUUGGUGGGUCUAUUGGAGCAGAUUUAGCUACGUUGACAUAUACGGAAUCAUUAAAAUCUAUGUUAACUUCAGCAAUAAAGUCAGAAACUAAUCAAGCUAUUUUACAAGAAUUAAGUUCGGUUAAUAUUGAUACUAUAUUAGUUAACACAUCACUUAUCAAACAAUUAACCCCUGAAACUCAAUUCUUCAUAAAGACUCAAGUCAUGAAAGCUAUUAGAAAUGUAUUCCAUUUAACUGCUGGAUUAGGCGGAUUAGCACUUUUGGCAUCUAUAUUUCAAAAUAAUAAAUCAAUUCCAAAGAAAAGUAGAGGGGCCGAUGAAGUGGAACUUAAAAGUGAACAACAAAAGAAGGAAGAGGAACAAAAUGGAGAGAAAAAAGUGGAAGAAAAUUAG